CCCUCUCCCUCUUAAACCCCCGCCCUGGUGACAGGCAGAAAAUCAGACGGUGCCAGACGCAGUACCGACGCCUCGCAGUACAGACGCUUCCUCGCCUCCCAGGCUCACCGCACGCAGCUCUAAGCCAACAUGUCCGAUAAGCCAGACCUCGCUGAGAUCGCCUGCUUCGACAAGACCAAGCUGAAGAAGACCGUGACAGAAGUGAAGAACCCCCUGCCCACCAAAGAGACCAUUGAACAGGAGAGGAAAUCCACGCCCUGAACUCCAGGAAGCAGAGAGAGGGGCACUAUGGGCCGGUUUCACCACCAGUCACUGCUGUAGCUACUGUCCUGCUGUUUCUGUAAAGGGGGGGUGGGGGGGGGGGGGGGGGCACACGUCCCUUGGACCUGGUGUAGGAUCAUCCAUGUUUAUGGGGACCAAUGAGGCCCCCGACUUUAUACUUAAUCACCGGGGAUGGAGACAUCAC